AUGCCUUCUCAGAAUGCUGUACUUUUUCAGGAGGGGAACAUGGAACAGAAGGAAAUGAAUGAUAGAUCACAGAUAGUCAGGUCCAAGGAGUCCCUAACAUUCCAGGACGUGGCUGUGGACUUCACCAGAGAGGAGUGGGACCAGCUGUACCCUGCUCAGAAGAACCUCUACCGAGAUGUGAUGCUAGAAAACUACAGGAAUUUGGUCGCUCUGGGUCAUCAACUUUAUAAGCCCGAGGUGAUCACUCAGUUGGAGCAAGAAGAGCAGUGUCUGAUGGAAACAGACAGCCCAGUGGACACUCGUCCAGAUGCAGGAAAUAGACCUGAAGUCAAAAAAUCAACUCCAUACCAGAAUGUUUCUGAUGAAACUCAGACCUAUAACAUGAUAAUGGAGAGAUUAACAGGAGAUAGUUUCUGGUACUCCCUUCUAGGAGGACUCUGGGAUUUUGAUUACCAGUUGGAAUUUAAUCAAGAAAAUCAGCAGAGACAUUUAGGACAAGAAUCUUUUGCCCAAAAAAAGGUCCCACAGGAGAGAAGCCUUGAAUGUAACAAAUUUGGUGAAAACUAUAAAAUGAACUCAAAUCUUAUUAUGCAUCAGAGAAUUUCUUCAAUUAAGAUACCCCUUAAUUCAAACACACAAGGAAAUAGCAUCAAACAUAAUUCAGAAUUGAUUUACUCUCAAGGAAACCAUGUAAGAGAAAAUACUUAUGAAUAUAACAGGUAUGGGAAAAUCAUCAAUCAACAUAUUCUUCUUACUAAUCCUAUUCAUACUGAAGAGAAACCCAGUGAAUGUAGGAAGGCCUCCAGCCGCAACUCAACUUUUACUCAACCUCAGAUAGUCCUUACAGGAGAGAGGCCCUAUAAGUGUGAUGAAUGUGGGAAAAGAUUCAGCCAGAGGAUACAUCUUAUUCAACAUCAGCGGAUUCACACAGGAGAAAAACCUUUUAUAUGCAACGACUGUGGGAAAGCCUUUCGUCAACAUUCAUCCUUUACUCAACAUCUGAGGAUUCAUACUGGAGAGAGGCCCUACAAAUGUAAUCAAUGUGGUAAAGCCUUUAGCCGUAUCACAUCCCUUAUUGAACAUCAUAGACUUCAUACUGGAGAGAAGCCUUAUGAAUGUAAUUUUUGUGGGAAAGCUUUUAGCCAGAAGACACAUCUUAAUCAGCAUGAGAGGAUUCAUACAGGAGAGAAGCCCUAUAAAUGUAAUGAAUGUGAGAAAGCCUUUAGCCAGAGUGGACACCUUAAUCAACAUAGGAAAAUCCAUACUCGGGAGAAAUUAUGUGAAUAUAAUAAAUGUGAGAAAGUUAUAAGCCACGGUCCUUCACUUACUCAGCACAUAA